CCAUGUUACAAAGAAUCACUGAAAGUAUCCUCACCAACCAGAUUGGUCAAUUUUGACCCGGAUGAACCGGAGGCUGAUGUUGUAAAUUGGUGUACGCUGAGCGAAAUGAUCAUCGAACAGAAGAAAUUGGAUGGUGUAGAUUUAAUUUUGACUCUCACACAUUCGCUUAAGGCUCGAGCUGCUACUUGCCUCACAAAAAUACAGCCUGCAAAACCUGAACAAUCUCCUCAUCCGUGGGCGCCCGGCUCUCGCCUGCAAGUCAGCUGUUACGUGUGCGGUGAUGCGAGCCAUGUAGCUUCUGGGUGUUCCAUGCGCUACAAGAAGAAAAACGAUACUGCUCCAGGUGCUGUGGCAGGUCCAACCAGAGACUUCAACGUGUGUUCCAGAGCUUCAGUGUGUUACAGAUAAGUGGUUUUGACUUCCCCUUUAUGUUCCAUUCAGGGUCAGAAUGUAGCCUUAUAAAACAAAGCCAUAGUAAUUUAUUCAAUGGUAAGCGGUUUCACGAACAAGUCACUCUUUGAUCUGAAAGUAACUCGGACCAAUCAUGGCAAGAGCAGUUAGGGGAUAUUCAACUCGCCCUUAAUAGUACACGUUGUCGAGUAACAGGGUUUACCCCAAUAGAAUAGAUGUUUACCGUUCAGGGUAGUUCACUUGAAAUAUCUAAAGUUUCAACAGAGUGAUAAUCCCUCUAGAUUAGAUCUUGAUUUAGCACGGUCGAAGGC